GUACGUGUAUGUACGUUCAAAAAAAUGCAGAGAAGUAAUUUCAUAGAUAAAUCUCGACUCUUUUAUUUCUCUCGUAACUAUGUGGCCGGUUACACGCAGCGGCGGAGGCACCGACGAGGAAAAAAUGCACAUCAGCAAAAUAGGGAGAUAAGAUUUACGGAUGAGAACGGGAAAGGAUUUGUACCUUACUCAACGCAUAUGUUAAUAGGAAGGAAAUUUGAUUAAUUGCUUUAGACAGAAAAUCAUUUACGAGAAAUUAUAAUGAUACGCUAUAAAGUGGGGAAAACUGAGUAACUAGAGAACAAUAUUUUUUUUUAUUCAGAUGUAAUAGAGCUCCUUAUCUCCACCAAUGGUCUUUUCCAGUUUUUUUCCUUCUCGGUCCUCCUUGAUUAAUAUUCCCUUG